AUGAUUUUUGUUACAGUGUCUUUCUGGGUACUGGCCCUAGAUCACGAUUUGCAAAUAUCUUCUGGAGCUAUAGGGUCCGUGAGCAUCAAAGACCCUCAAGGGACCAAAGUUGCCAUUUGGGAUCAAGUUGCUCUCGAUGAAGGUGUUAUCGCAUACUCUCUUCCACUAAGCCCAUAUGCCCUAACAGGACGUUGGCUUGUAACAGUCGAAGUGGAACAAUCUGAAUUCUAUUCCACGUUCGAAGUAGCUCCAGGUAUAGGAAUAGGUCUCCCAGAUGUGUCAGUUGCCGAAGAGCACUACGUGGAAUUAAAAUUUGGAACGGAAAUGCGCAGAAGAUACAAACCGGGGCUACCAUUUUCUGGAAAAGUUGAAGCUAUGAGCACAGAAAAGUCAGUGAGAGUACGAGUAAAAGUUUACGACAAUACAACAUCAAUAUAUUCUCAAGAUAUUGAAAUUUCAAAUGGAGAAGGCACGUUUGUUGUACCCGCAAUUUUAGCUGACAGCGAUAUAAUUCACUUACAGUAUAGUUGUGUUUUGUGUCAAAAUCUUGGUACAAGUGUGACCUACAUAGUGGCCCUAAUUUCAAAACGGAAUUACCUGGUGUUAGCCGCGAAUCCUAAUUUUUAUUGUGAACAAUGGUCGGAAUGCGCAAAUAAUAGUAGCUGUAGAGAAGCGCUCUCCGACUUUGACCAACUUUUGGUGAAAUAUGAACAAGUCAGGUCUGAUUUACAACGAAAAGACAAUUACAUUAACAACUUGGAAAUGGAUUUAGAGGAUCUUAAGCGAUCACUGAGUCACGAGAUUGACAGACUAUCCUUGGAAAAUGGAUCAAAGAACGAUCACAUCAAGAGACUCGAAAUGAGAACGAAAACAAUGGAUGGAGUGCUUCAAGCAGAAAACAAUUAUGGAGGCGUUAUGGAAGAAACUGCUUUAAAUGACGAGCUUCAGUCCUAUAAGGAAAAAUAUUCUAAGCUCGAAAAAGACUUUGAGGACCUCAAUGCAAUAAGCAAAAAUAUGAUUAAUUCCAUUAGAGCCUUAGAGAGCGAAAACCAGGCUUAUCACAACGAAGUCUGCCUCUUGAAAGUGCAGUUGAAUGAGCUCACCUUCGAAAAAAUAUGUGAUGAAGCAUCAACACAAAAAGAACCAUCAAGAAUUGUAACCCGACAAGCUUGUGUAGAAAAAACUUCUAGGAAGAUUCUCAUCCUAGGUGAUCAGUCUGUCAAAUACCUAAACAGACCAAUGCGAAAAUACUUCAAAGAGGAUGUGUCCAUACUGACCGUGACCAAGCCAAAUGCAUCCUACAGGAAUGUUAUUGAGAAUCUGAGUGGUUUGGUGACAGGUUUCACAGAAAACGACUUUGAUAUCAUUUGCUGUGGUUCUAAUGAUCUUGCUCGCGAUCUAAGAGAGAUAAAAGGUUGCAUUAUCUCAACAUUCAAUGAUACAUUUCUGCAAGAUGUGGUUUCCAAAGUGGCUGCAAUGGUAGACAAACAGUUAGAGGAGAAGUUGAAGGCCCAGGAUGUGGAAAUCGAAAUGCUCAAAGAAAAUCAAAACAAAAUAAUUGAGGAAAAUAUACAGCUGAGAAAAAUUAUCGAUGAUCAAGAGCAGCAUGCGCGGAACUUAAACGUGCGCAUCCAUGGAAUCAAGGUUGAAGAUGGCGAAAAUACCGAAAAUCUGCGAACAAAGGUCUUGGAAGUGUUUACAAAUAAAUUGAAAAUAAAUCUGGUCGACUCGGUAAUAAAAAAAUGUCAUCGUGUUUCUUCUAUGGGUCCCAGCGAUCAGCCUCCUGCAGUUUUAGUACGUUUCGCCUCGGAUACAUCGCGCUCUCAGCCCGAUGAGGAAGCGUAUGUGACCAUUCUGUCUACUUGUCCAUGCGAAAGGGACGUACAUUAUGUCAUAACAACGGACGGACGGAUAACUGAUUGGGCGCAAAGGCGAUAUGGGGAGAACAAGGUGGCAUCAGGGUCCUUGGUCGAGGAAACAUCGACGAUUACGUCGUCAAUGGAGCCCGGACCGACAUGCAAACUAAAUUUUAGAUUUGUAGUCCAAGCUGUUAUGGCACCAGUGAGCCAGCUUUUGGUUUACUACGUCACGCCAGAAGGAGAACCGAUCAGCGACGUAAUCAGUUUCGACGUAAAACUAUUCAACAAAGAGGUGUCUGUGAAUAUCGAAAAUCGGGAUUGGUGGCUUCCUGAUCAAUCGAUAGACCUAGAAGUUAUUGCAGAACCUUCGUCUUUGGUGUGUCUGCUGGGAGGAAGGUCUGAAGCAACGGGAGACCUGAGAUUUGACCCAAGAAUAAGCGAAGAACCUACGCCGUCGCCAAUAACGGAAGAAGUGGACUUUCUGGAAGCUGGAGUAUCAUAUUUUCAACGUGAAUGCUCACGAAGAGGCGAUACUGGCAUGUCUGCUAUAUCAUACAGGCAACGUGGUUCUGGAGCUGGCCCUUCAGGACAGAAACGUCGACCACCGGAAAGUUUAGUAGGCGGAUCGCCUUAUGAUCAGUUGUGGAUGUGGACCUGUUUCAAUUAUUCGUAA